AUGGAUCUGGCGACGGGGGCCAUGGGCAGCCUCCUCCUCAAGCUCGGCGGCCUCCUUACGGACGAGUACAAGCUGCAGGCCGGAGUCAAGGAAGACGUCCAGUACCUCAAGAGAGAGCUGACCAGCAUGUACGCCGCCCUCCGCAAGGUCGGGGACGUGCCGCGGGACGAGCUCGACGUGCAAGUCAAGCUCUGGGCCGACGACGUCAGGGACCUCUCAUACAGAAUGGAGGACACCAUCGACAAGUUCCUAGUGCGCGUCGAGGGCUCCAAGGCUCCCGCCGCCGCCAAGCCGCACAAGCUAAAACGGCUCAUGAAGAAGAUGGGCGACCUGUUCAGCAAGGGCAAAACCCGCCACGAGAUCGCCGACGAGGUCAAAGACAUCAAGGCCCGAGUCCAGGAGGCGGCUGACCGGCGUGAUAGGUACAAGGUCAACGACGUGGUUGCUAGUCCAGCAGGCUCAGCAACGGUUGAUCCUCGCCUAUUGGCUCUAUACAAGGAUAGAAAAGAGCUAGUUGGCAUUGAUGAUUCACUGAAUGAGCUGACCAAGAUGUUGUCAGAUGGGGAUGAUGAUGCGUCCAAGCAACUCAAGAUGCUCUCUAUUGCUGGAUUCGGAGGUCUCGGCAAGACAACUCUUGCCAAAGCAGUGUAUGAUAAGAUCCAAGGGCAAUUCGAUUAUGGCGCUUUUGUUCCAGUAGGACGGAACCCGAGCAGGGUGAAACUUCUUAACGACGUUCUCUUUGGAAUUAACAAGCAAAUGUACCCUGGGUUGGAUGAAAGGCAGCUGAUCGACGAACUUCGAGCAGUACUCAAGAACAAGAGGUACUUCAUCGUUAUUGAUGAUAUAUGGGAUAAAGAAACAUGGGGCAUAAUCAAGUGUGCUUUUGUGGAUAAUAAUUGCGGAAGCAAGAUAAUCACAACUACUCGUAUUCUCGAAGUAGCCACAGCAACUGGUGAGGUAUACAUGCUAAAACCUCUUUCUCCGGAGUUAUCAGCGGAGUUAUUCAAUACAAGAUUGUUUGGUGGUAAAGGCAAAUGCUCUUAUGGUCAGCCAACAGAGGCAUACGAUAAAAUUUUACAUAGAUGUGGUGGUAUACCGUUGGCUAUAACCACAAUGGCUAGCUUGCUUGUUGGUAAACCAGUGGAGUCUUGGUCUAAGGUAUACAACUCUAUUGGUUUAGGAAAUGAAGAUAACAAAGAUGUCGACAUCAUGAGAAAGAUACUUUUAUUCAGCUACUAUGAUCUGCCUUGCCAUCUAAGGACUUGUUUAUUGUAUCUGAGCAUAUAUCCAGAAGACCAUAUGAUUGAGAAAGAUAGUCUGAUAUGGAAGUGGGUUGCUGAGGGUUUUGUCCAGCAGGAAGCAAAGGUGGGAUUAUCUGAGACUGGUGAGAGAUACUUCAACGAGUUGAUAAAUAAAAGCAUGAUACAACCGGUAGAGAGCCCCCUGCAUGAUGGCAUCAUAAUUGGUUGUCGUGUCCAUGAUAUGGUCCUUGAUAUGAUCAAUCUUAUAGCAAAGGAAGAAAAUUUUGUCAUUUUAUUAGAUAGAUAUCAGCAAGACACAUCUUUAGAUAGCAAUGUUCGUAGGUUAGCCGUUGGACGAAGACACAACCCUCUGGUUAGCACAUGCAUGCACCAAGUCAGGUCAUUUAAUGCCACGUGCUUGGAUGAAUUUGUUCCACCCCUUUCGUGCUUCCAAGUUUUGCGUGUCCUAGCUCUGGAAGGUGAUAUUUUAUCCAAGCACAACAGUAAUUGUCUUGAGAAUAUUGGAAAGUUAGUUCACCUGAGGUAUCUUGGACUAGGGAAGAUGGUGGAUGUCCUCGAGUUGCCGAAGGAAAUUGGGGACCUAAAGUUCUUGGAGAUAUUGGACUUGGGUUGUGAUACACUAGAAGAACUGCCGCAGAGUGUUUGCCAAUUAAGUCAACUCAAGUGCCUGCGCUUUGACGGUACGAGAGCAAGAGUGCCAGAUUGGAUAGGGAACCUGACAUCUCUGGAAGAGCUUUUGUUAGGCUGCGUCAACCAGCCUUCAAACUUUGUGAAUGAACUGGGCAAGCUGACAGAGUUGAGGAAGCUCCGCAUUAGUGAACAUUUACGGUUGAACAAUGCAAUCUUGGUAAAAGCUUGGGCAGAGUCUCUAGCAAAACUGCAGAAGAUCCAAGUCCUAGACAUUCAUCGGGUUUAUUUUGAUAUGUGA